AUGAACGUCCUGCGACGACCGUCGGGCUUAACCAAGUUUCGGUUUUACUCGACACAGACCACAAGGCCGUUUGUUCCCCCAGCCUCUCUGAACCACCUCGACUUCCCCCGACGCCAACGCGAAAAACCGCGUCCUACGAGCCCAGCCUUCUAUACUGCUCGUCCCGAAUUCUACGACCAGCUCUCGUCGUUAGAGUCGGCUCUGCAACAUGCUAAGACUGCGCUCACGGCAUGCCACCUCCUUCCACUUCCCCAAUUUGCUCGGGAGGCCCUCCCACCUCGUGUCAAUGCUUGGGUAGACAAGCGCGAGCUCGGCCUGAAGCUCAGAAGCACCCUCACGACGAGCCGCUAUAGACGAGUGGUUCUCGUGCUCAACGAGCUAGAGACAUAUAGGUCAAUUGCGGAAAAAGCUGGGAUCGCGGAGUUGCAGGAAGGUAUCAAAGGUAUCACAGAGCUGUUCGAGCGUGCAGACGCCGCGACGAUGCUGGCGAGGGGAAAGGCCAAACCCGUCCAGUUCGACGAGUAUGGGCGAAGUUAUACACUUGGAAAGCGGAAGACGAGCUCUGCGCGGGUGUGGAUCGUGCCCGUCCAACAACCUCCCGCAGACAAAUCCACCAUCUCCCAGCCCAUACCAACAGCAACGGAGACAGACACCGCCCUUUCGGCCCUUCUUAACCCUAAUUCUUUAUCGAAGAGCGACGAACUUGUAUCCGUAUCUCAGAUUCUCGUGAACAACACUCCCCUCUCAGCUUAUUUCCCUGUUCCCGCUGAUCGUGCCCGCGUGAUUCAUCCAAUCAAACUUGCGGGUCUAUUGGGCGCAUAUAACAUCUUCGCUAUCGUACGUGGCGGAGGUACAUCUGGGCAGAGCGGUGCGCUCGCGCAUGGUAUCGCAAAGGGUCUUGCAGCACACGAACCAAGUGUCGCAACGAUUUUGAGGAAGGCGAAACUUUUGCGUCGUGAUCCACGUAUGGUUGAGCGAAAAAAGCCUGGUCUUGCGAAGGCACGCAAGCGGUAUGCUUGGGUCAAGCGGUAG